AUGUCUGACGCGAACGAGUCGUCCAAGCUACCUUCCGCGACAGGAGCUGCUGUCGCGUCUCCCGACUCAGCGGAUACAGUGAGUCCGCCUCUUCCAGCACGCCAUCAGGGCCACUCAACUGCCAUCGAUAAGCGGGCUUUAGAUGAUGACGCGGGAGACCAUCCUCCGGCUUUGCCGCAUAGACCUCCUCGCUCGAAGAAAUACGGUCUGGAACGUGUGUCCACGGAGGAUUUUGAACUCACCACGCCAAUUGGGUCUCGAAGAGUUGCGAAACAGGGCGCGCGUUCAAGGUCGUCUGCUGAGCCGGCUUCUGACACUAGAAGUCUUCAGCAAACAACCCUAGAUUUUUUGCUGGAGAACCAGACGUCCCGAGUUGUAGGUCUGUUCUACGAGCUGCCGGACGACCUUAAAAUUCCCGACAGUGAAUAUUACACCCAAUUGAAUGCGCAAGAUCAUUUGAUAGAGGUGAGAAGCGAGGUGGAGGCCAAGAACUUCGACAACCCGGACCGGCUCACGGUAUACAAGCUCUGGCUGAAGAGUAUGAAGCUGAAGAAAUUUGAUUCUGUGACAGCGGGUAAUCCGGACUUACUAGCGCAACUCGAGUCGGUGAAAAUCGAAGCUGAGUCUAUCUUUCCACAGCUGGCGUCUGUGUGCGGCAAGUUAGGGGCCAGGUCGCUGCCGCCGCUGAUCAUUCUUAUCCACAGCCGUCUCGAAGACCCCGAAAUCACGUUCAUUCUUGCCAAAUUGUAUAGCAAGAUAGACAUGACAAGAUGGGUCUUUAUGGUUCUGCGCUCCAUAGAAAGGAGAGAUGCAUCAAUAUUAAUAAAGUGGCACCGGCAACACGAGAAUGUCGCGGAGUUCGUCCGCAUUCAGCUGGAAGACGCAGAGUUUUGGAAACAGCUGACGGCACAGGAGCUGGAUUUGGUGGCCCACAGAGUGGUUGUCUAUGGAUUUGACUCGAUUGUCGGCGAUGUUGCUAGUAUGCUGGUUGGUGGAAGGCCGAAAAGCGGUGUCGAGAGCCAGCUGAUUUGGGACGACCAUGAGUAUGAGCUUCUGAACGAGCCGGUGAAAGAGCCGCACGACCUGCUCCGGGAGCAAAAUAAAUUGCACAACUUGCAGGUGGAAUUGGAGACCAAGAGGAGACAAUACACGGAGUUGCUAAAUAACUACAAGCAGCUGAACGAAGAGCGAUUUAGCAACCAAACAAUGAUCAAGAAGCUGGAAUCGAGCAACGGACAGUUGAGGUUGAAGCGCAACGAGUGCGAGCGGAAGCUGAAUGCACAAUUGUCCAACUUUGAGGUGAUUAAGGUGAACAAUGAAAAAAAUGCAGAAAUAGACAAAAUGAACCAGAAACUACGACUCGACAUUGAAAAGGUACAAAGCGAGCUAGCGGAGCUGAGGGCGAAGAAGCUGAGGCACUAG